AUGCAAUACGUCCCCUUCGCCUCAGACAUCGAGAUCCCAUUCUACGCCUCCCUGGCAUCCCACAAAAUCAACCAUGACAAACUCGAUGACUCGGCCCGAAAACUCCUGGGUCUGUACGAGAUCCGCCCGGCAGACAACAAGGAGCAUUCCUGCCGGAUGCAAGUCCACGCCAACGCCCUGACCAGCGACGAGGUGCCUGCCGGCUUCUAUCGCGCCGAAGGCAUCAUCAGAAACUUCAACACGGUCGAGGAGUAUCGCACCAUCGACAAGUUGGCCAUGAUCCAGCAAGCGGGGAAGACCAUCUGGGACGCGAUCAACGAUGGGACCAUCUAUUCAUGUCCGAGUUUGCUUGCUUGCUUUCUGGUGCUGAGCUUCGCCGAUUUGAAAAAGUACAAGUUCAACUAUUGGUUUGCGUUUCCCGCCCUGGUCAUGGAUCCGCCCUGGGUGCCUGUGCAGAGUACAGGGAGCGUGGCGAGUCCAGAGACGGGGAUCCCGUUCAAGAAGCUAACGUCAAUUGAGAGCACAACGCUGGUUGAUAACGUCAUGACCUGGAAAUAUGCCGUCGAUGCAAGACAACACGGAUUCUUCCUGGCCAAGAAAGUACGUGACAAGCCUGUCCUGGAGAGGGAUCUUGGCGACGAUGAGGAUGCUCGUCCUACUUCACCACGAACGCCGCUCACCCCGACCUCGAGCCUUGGCUACAACUGGCAAAUCAGCUCGCUGUCGAGCUAUGAGACCGGCUUCUUCGACAACACGGAUCCCGAAGACACUUUCGUCUGCUUCGCCGAUCCCUCAAACUAUAGCGAACCCGGCCCCGUGGCCCCGGGUUGGAUGCUCCGCAACUUGCUUGUCCUGGUCCGACAAAGGUGGAAACUCGACAAAGUCCAAAUCCUCUGCUAUCGAGAGACCCAAAUGCGCCGAGACGCAGCACGUAGUGUGAUUUUCAACAUGGAGGUCUCUUCAAAAGCAAAAUCCGCCGGGUCCGCAGCGCAGACCGACUAUUCCCAAACCAUGCCUAAAGUCGUAGGCUGGGAGCGCAACGCCGCCAACAAACUCACCGGUCGCACCGCCGACCUCACCAGCUACAUGGACCCGACGAAACUGGCCGACUCGUCCGUCGACCUCAACCUGAAACUCAUGAAAUGGCGCAUCUCCCCUAAUCUCGACCUGGACAAAAUCAAACAAACAAAAUGUUUACUGCUCGGAGCAGGGACACUGGGCUCGUAUGUGUCGAGAAACCUGAUGGGCUGGGGUGUGAGACACAUCACGUUCGUGGAUAACGGGAGUGUGAGCUUCAGUAACCCCGUCCGCCAACCGCUGUUUACAUUCAACGACUGCCUGGAGGGAGGGAAGAAAAAGGCCCUGGCGGCAGCGGAGGCGUUGAAGACGAUAUACCCCGGCGUGCGAUCCGCAGGACAUGUCUUGAGCGUGCCCAUGGCAGGCCAUCCGAUCACAGACUACGAGAAGACGAAGGCCGAGUACGAGCAGUUGAAGAAACUGGUUGACGAACACGAUGUGAUUUUCUUGCUUAUGGACACACGGGAGUCGAGAUGGCUGCCGACUGUGAUGGGGAAAGCAGGCGGGAAGAUCGUCAUGAAUGCAGCCCUCGGAUUCGACACGUACGUGGUCAUGAGGCACGGCGUGAAACUCUCGGCCCCCAGCCACGACGUCGAUCGCCUCAAGGAGGGCGAGGUUGAAACCGAGACCGAGACAGGAACGGGGACCGGUGCGCAAGAUUACCAAGCACAGCAGCACGGCUUGGAGGGCGAAGAGCUGGGCUGCUACUUCUGCAACGACGUCGUCGCUCCCGCCGACUCGAUGAAAGACCUCACCCUGGAUCAGCAAUGCACCGUCACCAGGCCGGGCAUUGCGGCCAUCGCGUCCGCCUUGCUGGUCGAGCUCCUCGUCUCCAUCCUGCAACACCCUCUCGGCCCCGCCGCGCCGGCCACGACUUCGUCGCAAGAACGCGGUGAGCAUCCGCUCGGCAUCAUCCCCCACCAAAUCCGAGGCUUCCUCGCCAACUUUACGAAUCUCAACAUUACGGGCCAGAGUUACGAUUGCUGUAGCGCGUGCUCGGAUAAGAUCCUCGCCGCGUAUGAGAAGGACGGGUGGGAGUUCGUGGCCAAGGCGAUGAACGAGAAGGGCUACGUCGAGGAGAUUAGCGGGUUAGCAGAGGUGCAGAGGCUGGCCGAGGAGGCAAUGAAACGAGACAUUGACUUUAGCGAGGAGGACGAGGAGGGGGGAGCAGAGGAUGAGGAGGGCGAGUUGGUUUGA